AUGCAUCUUUCGCAUUGCACUCUAGGGGCUGCUCUGUGUGAGGUCAAGUGCGAGCCGGAUGAAGCUGUGCUGGCGAUGAACACCGACUACUUCAUCGAGGGGUCUCCCUUGAAGCGCUUUGAAAAGGUGCAGUUCGUGUGCCUUUGGGACUUUGAGCGCGCGAAGACGGACCAGGAUGCCACAACGUUGUUCCGGGACUACAUCAAUCCCUACUUCCGGAGCAAAAACUCCCAGCAGGUCACGAGCAUUUUGGCCCUGCACGAGCGAUUGCCCAUCCAGAACAUGGAAUUCCAGGUGAUGGCAGCUGAACCCAUCCCUCCCGAGAUUGGCAUCGUGGAUCUGAACACCGUGGUCUAUGUCGAUUGGGACAACACGCCCGAAUUUUCGAAGAUCCACUUUGUGCCCUUCCAAGACACCCUACCAGCUGCGUAUGAAUACGAUGUCUUCAAUGACUACCUGAAGCCAUAUCUGACAAGGAACAAACUUCAGAACUUUGGUGUCAACGACCAUUUCACCUUCCAGGGUGUGCAGUUCAAAGUGGUGUGCUGCGAGCCACGGGGACCUGCACGAAUUGGUAAGAACACCACCAUCUUUUGCGAAGGAGUACUUCACCCAUCACUGAGGAAUCUUCUCCCUCCAGAAAUGAUUGAACAGCUUCAAACUCUUCCCCCCGGCCUUCAGAUGAUGUUGCUAAACACAGAGGCCAUUGCUGGAGGCUAUGAAGAACGGCUCAUUGAGGUCCAGGACAUCUUGUCUCGGCGGCAUGGCAUGCAGCAGGAACACAUUGAGCGCAUCCCCACACAGAGGUGGAACCCGGAAACGGACCACAAUGGACAGACCACGUGCAUGGUGUGCCUCAAUUCUUUCGAGGCUUCCAAUGAGGUUCGACAGCUGCCAUGUGGCCACGUGUUCCACGUGCAAUGCAUCGAUCAAUGGUUGCGGCGUUGCACCGACUGCCCAAUCUGCAAGACCAACGUGGACAGGGCCGCUAUGCAGCUGUCAAAGAACGAGCUGCGCAGGCGCCUGGAGGCCGUGGGCCACCGUCCCCAGUCCGCGCGCUCCGAGCGGCCGGGCUCCGCGGCGCGUUCGGCACGGUGUACGACGCCGCGGCCGGAGAAUCCAUCGCGGCUGCAGGUGGCCGACGCGCAGCGACUUAUCGAGUCAGUCUGUGGGAAGAAGAGCGACCUACGCGACUCUCGGCGACAGAGUCUCCAAUCGGCAGGCAGCUUGCCAGCCGUGGAGACACAGGACGCGGGACGGGGCCCAUCUACCUCUGCUGGAAGAGCCGCUCAGCCUCGUUUCGGAUUCGCCUUGGAAGUUGGAGCAGAUGGGUUCGACGAGUUUCAGGAGAGCGGCAGCCGCAGCUCGCGUCGCAGCGACGACCGCGACGACCGCGAGCUGCCGGCCUUCGAUGUGUUCCUGGAAAUUCUGAGAGGUGCCAGCCUGGAGAAUCGAGCCGAGGUCACUGAGGUGUUGGGCCAAGAAUUUGUUUAUGUUCGAAAAGUUUGUGGACCAAAUGGACCCUACCAGAUGGAAUUGAUGCCUUUCCAAGAAGUUUCGCUGGCGAGUUACACCACUUUGAGCCCCGCGGGACUCUCGCACUACGUCAACGGCGUUCCCGUGAGCUUUGUGCCGCUUCAACGCUGGCUCAACGAACGCGAAUCAUACCGAGCCCUGCGGAAGCUGCGAUUCUUUCAGGACUUCCCGGCACAGAAAGCCUUCAUCAGUUGGCGAAGCGCCGGUCGCCGGGGACGAAUGGCGAAAGCGGGGAAGGCGGUGGGGGAACGGGUCUUCCAGCUACAUCUCUGGUUUCGUAACACCUACCUGACGAUGCGGCGGAUGUUCCAAGACUUCGCCAACGUCCGCAUUUUGCGCAGCUACUUCGCGCAGCCGCAGACCUUGGCCGAAUUCCAAGUGGCCCAGGAGAACUGGCAGCACGACCUCUUCCAACGGGCACAACAACAGGCCCAAAAAGUCAGAUCCGAAGUCUUCGGGAUGUUCGUGCAGGUGGUGGAGAGCGUCCGGCGAGAGACGCGUCGAACAGAUUUCACGCUGGCCACCCUGGGCAAAAGCACAGGUGUCCACCCGGUGCCGGGCAUCAUCCGCGCCGGCAUGCCCAAAGACGAUAGUGACGCCCUGGAGACCUUGGGAUUUGCCAAGGACGUGAGUUUCCCUCAACGCUCCCAGCUGCGUUUCGAGUGUGCGCGGCUCCUGCGUUUCGCACGCUUCGUGGAUCUGCUGAUUGCAGAGACCCUGGUGGAACUCAUGCAGCUGUCUGUGGUGGAGAUCACCUUCAACAUCCGUGAACGGCCGCCGAAGGAGGCCAAAAUCCAAGGACUACCAGCGUCCGAUGAGGGAUGGCAUGGCCAUUUGAUCUUCAAGGUCAAGGGUGACCUGUGUUUGAAUCAAGAUCAGAAGUGCUUCACUUGGAAUCUGACCCCGGAUGCCGCAACGCUCUUCGCAGAGUUCAUGUCCUGGCUGCGGAGGGGAUGUGGCCUGGCCAACUUCUUCGUGCAGUUGGCCACCUGUCCGGAACUAGAAGCCUACCGAUACAUCAUGCGAUCUGGUGCCAUGAAGAACUACAGCGACUGGCAACCGGCCUUUGUUGCGGAGCUGGACGGGAAACUCUUCGACAGCCUCGUGGCUCAGGAGGCCUGGCAGCAGAGCACUGGGCGAUUGGCGAAGACUUUGGAGAAAGCUUUUGAGGACGUCCAAACCAGGUUCAAACAGUACGACUCGCAUCUCCAGUGGUGUUACAAAUGUCAACACAGCGACAUUCGCGCCGUGGUCCAAUCCCUGUGGAAUUCCGCGGAGUUGGGAGAGCUGAACCAGAUGCUGCACGACUAUCGGGAAGGUUUGUUGAGCUUGGAUCAGAUCCCCAGCAAACAUUCCGUGCGUCCCUUGGAAGUCGAGAUUUCGGGAGCCAUCGCCGAACUGAAAGCCUCCGGGACGAGGUGCUUGGCGGAACUGGAGGAGGAGCUGCCGGAGAUCCUCUUCCGCUGCGCGGAGCACGUCUCCCAUUGGAUCUCCAACAAGUCCAGUCAACUGACGGAAGUGCCCAGCAGCCUGGCCGAGUUCGUUUCGGAUCUUAUGGUGCUGCAGGACGUGAAGAUGGAAGUCUCCAAGCAGUCGGAUUUCUUGGAUCGCUUGGCGAAAAUGGCCAUCAUCCUGGACGAUCACAGGCUCUUCGUUCGGCAAGCGAUUCAGGCCAAGUGCACCCAGGUGCCACGGAGCUUCCUGGACUUCGAACACUUGACCCAGGAGAAACGACAACAGGUGGAGGAGCUUCGCAGCGGCUUCGUGGAGGUCUUCGUGGCUUCGCUCGCGGACUUGGCGUCCGAGGUGGAGCUCUUCGUGUCGGAGGAAAAGGUCUUGGAUCCUGACCUGCUUCAACUUUCCGAGAAUUUCGGUUCCGGCCUUGGAGAAGGGAAAGACGAGGUGGAAGACAAACUGAAGCAGUUGUCAAAGUUGGAGAAGUAUUUGAACGAAUUGCAAGAACGGCAUGACACCUACGUCCACUAUCAGGAGGUCAUCGCAGCGAAGGAGAUCACCCCAGAGCAACUGCCUGAUUUAAGCAACGCCUGGCUGCAGAUGCAACGACGGUUGGAUGUUUGGUGGACCUUCGAUGAUUGGCAGCGGAAGUGUAAUGAAUGGCUUCCAGCAGACCUCUUGGGAGUGGACCUGAUACAAGUGGCGACAGAGGUCACGGCGUUGUCGACCAGGGCAUCCCAGGCGCAGGAGGAUUUGCCGGAGAACCCCGUGGCCCAGGAGUUGGGCCGACAGUUGCUCUACAUUCAGGACCUGAUUCCGGUCUUGGAAGUGCUCCAAAAUCCACAUCUGCGGACACGUCACUGGACGGCCUUGUCUCAAGUGAUGUUGGACCUCGCCGUCAAAGAUGGGAAACCCCACAUCACCUUCGGUCAGGCGGCGAACUGGAAUUUGGGUGCCUCGUUGCCGGAGCUCUUGGCCAUCGCGCGACGGGCCACGCAAGAGCACUACGUGGAAGUGGCCUUGGAGAAGCUGAAAGAAACCUGGAGUGGAUUGGAGUUGCCCAUCGUGUCCAACUCCGAAGAACGAGAUACCCUGGCGGUUGACUCAUUGCAGUCUCUGUGGGAGGAGUUAGAAGAUGGCCUGGCCGUGGUGGGUGCCGCCCUGUCCUCGUCCUAUGCAGAGGUCCAUGCGGAUCGCUUGAAGCUGUGGCAGGCUCGUUUCGAGAAGGUCCAAGAGUUGUUGGACGAGAUCUGGGCCUGCCAACGUUGCUGGAUCUAUCUGGAUGACGUGCUGUCGGUGGUGGAGAAUUCCAAGAAGAUCGCCGAAGUUGCAGCGUUUCAGCAGGUGGAUUCCAACUGGAAGGCCUUGCUGCAACCCCUACAGCUGCGUCCCAACAUCGUGGAGAUCGCUUUGGAUCCACAGAGCUCUCAGAGUUUUCGACAGCUCCAUGAGGCGAUGGAAAACAUCAAAAGAGAUCUGCAGAACUUUCUGGAAUCCAAGCGCCCUGGCUACGGUGGGCGUCUGUGCCUGCUGAGUGACUCGCAGUUGCUGAAGCUCCUGGGCACGCGCUCAGAUCAAACCGUGGAACAUUUCUUGCGGCUCUGCUUCCCAGGCGUGGAGGCCUUCGCGCACUUGGACAGUGAAAUCUUCGCGCUGCGCGGGCAGGGCCUUGGGCAGGGCCUGGGGCAGGAGACGGAGCGCUUGAUGCUGUCCACUCGGGUGAAGCUGCGGAACAACGCCGAAGAGACCUUGGAAGCCAUUCAAACGGUGAUGGUCACUGCCAUGCGGCAGUCGAUCAAAGCAGCAGUGGAACAGGCUGGUAGCCAUGUGGCUGGUGCUACUGCCUGGGCUGUGGACUCUGAGUUGCCCAGCCAGGUGGUCCUCAUAGCAUGGGAGACCCUGUGGCAGAUGUCUCUUCAAGAGUCCUGGUCGGCCAAUGCCAUGGAUGGAGUGAAGGAGCAUCUCCAACGCUGGCACUCCAUUUUGCAACUCAGGCUGUUGCAACGUGCUGCUCGUGGAAGUAGCAAGUGCAACCGGGCAGCCCUGCUGUUGUUGGCCUUUCAGCACAAGCAGAGAUACCUAGAAGAGCUUCUGCACGCCAGAGCCGAUCCUUCCGACGGUUUGGAGAGUUUCGCCUUUCAAAAGGAUCUGCGAUAUGAAUACAUCAGCGAUGCCGGUGGAAAGGUCACAGUCUCUCUGCUGAAGACACAGUUUCCUCACGGUUUGGAAUAUCUUCCCAUCGAACGCUUGGUGAUUUCACCGCAGUCCGAAAGAUGUUGGAUCGCUUUGACCCAGGCUUUGAGACUUCAGAUGGGCGCGCUGCUGCGGGGCAGCGGCAAGACCGAGCUAAGCCGUGGAUUGGCCACAGCCUUUGGUUUGGCCUUCAUCUCCUAUCGCUGCAGCAGUGGCAGCAUGCCUUUGGCAACGCAAUUGGUGGCUGGUUGUGCGCAGGGUGGAUGUUGGCUGCAACUGGACGCUCUGGACCUGAUGCGGCCCGACCUGCUAGGCACUUUGGCCUUGUACUUGCGAAGGCUGCAGGAGGCCCUGCGCGCCAAACGGGAAACCCUUGAUCUCCAAGGAACCAGUCUUCCACUCAAGCCUUCCGCCAUGAUCUUUGCAACCCUUCACUGCGAGAGGCCGCUCUCCUCGGAAGCCUUGGCGUGUCUUCAGAGCCUGCGACCCGUGACGUUACCGGCGCUGCAUGUGCUGCCACUGGUGGAGGGGCUGUUGCUCUCCGAAGGCUUCAAUGAAGAACCGGAACUUGCUCGAAAGGUCGCCAGCUUCUGGAAGCAUUGGGCCGCCUUAGAGGGGAAAGAACUGGGACUCCGACUGCUGCGUGAAGUCAUCAGCAAGGCCGGCGCCCGACGUCGCCGCGUCUUUGAGACGACUUUGACCUCAGCAGUGGAGCUGGUGGAGUCCGAGAUCAUGGCAGAAAGUCUGGAGACCACACUGAAACAUAGGUUCGGAGCUUCGACCUUCGACGCUCUGAGCUGCUUCGACCGCUGCGACCUCGACCUGCGCGACGUGGACGUGGACGCGGACGCGGCGACCUCGAGCGCCGUGCAACGGCGCCUGGAGGAAUCCUUAACGUCCCACAGGGGUCUGGUGUUGCUGGGUCCUGCUGCUUCGGGCAAAAGUCAUCUGCUGGCAGAGUUCAAGGACAAAGCCUCCGAUGCAGGUGAAGUCAUGCAGAAAGCCGCCACCAUGAAUCCCGAGCUACAGAAGCUGCCGGCCAUGACGGCUGUCCGGACCUGGCACGGCAAGGCUGGUCGGAUGGAGACCUUGUCCGAAGGAUCCAGUGAUUCAGAGGGAAAAGAGGCUAUAGAGAUCCACCGCAUCUAUGCUGGGACUUGGAGCUUCAGCGAACUCUUCUCGAAGAAGGGGCCCUUGUUGCAGAGCUUCCAGGCGGAGCCGGAGCCCAGCAGUUCCUCCUUGCCCGGCGGCGUGGGAAGUUUGGUGGUCUUCGACGGGCCACUGGAUCCGUCGUGGUCGGAGCAUCUGCACCUGGCCUUGGACGAUGCCAUCUUCGCGCUGCCCGACAGCGUGGAACGGAUGCCCUUGCGACAGGACUUGAGGUUCGUCUUCGAGUGCGACGAAGUGAGCCAAGCCUCACCUGCAUUCCUCACACGCUGCGCGCUGUUGUGCCUGCCUGAAGUGGAGUUACCAGUGUUGCAGCAGCGGAUGAUGGAACAUUUGGAUCGCUUUCGAGAUGCCUUGGAGGAAACCGACUUGGCGUAUUUGAAAAGAUUGGCAGAAACGCAACUGCCAGAGGCAGUGGCAUAUUGGCAGGCAUUGCAGGAGGAGGAACAGCUUCGAGUCUUCUUUCAGACCCUCAGUGAGCUGUUGAUGGAUCUGCUAGCAUCCUGCGAAAAAGCCCUACAGCUCGCAAGCUGCAAGGACUUCAUUUUGGCCACCUGGACGAUGGCCUUAGCCUGGUCCUUAGGCUCCUCAUGUCCCGCGAAGCAGUCGGAAAUCAGCGGCUGGUGUCUGCAACGGAUGAAGCAACUGCCGGAAGCACAGCUCUAUCGGCAGAAUCUCUUCCACACGCGUUUGGAUGCCACAGCACCACACUUGCGACCCUUCGACUUGGAUGUUUCGGUGCCGUUGCCGUACAACAUGACCCGCAUCCCAACAUUGGAAAGCGAAGCGAUGCUGUGGCUGUUGAACAUUCGCCUGAGUAGUCACAACACCUUGAUCACUGGAACUUGCGGCAAGACGAUGUUGGCCCAGGAGUUUGUGUCUCAGGUCGCCCGGUCCGGGUCUACUGUUGCGGAUCUCCGUGUGGGUCGCCGCAGUUCCUCCGACAUCUUCCAGAAAGCCCUGGAACUGGAGCUCCGCCGUGACACCGCCGUGGACGCCCUGGGUGCGCUGCCGUCGAACGCUCCGCAGCGCGUGGGUUCCGGCAGCCUGGCGCUCAACGCGGGCACCGCGACGGCCGCGACGGGGACCCCGUUGCAUCGGAUGCCGUCGCACAGCGUUACGGUGGCCACGUCCUCGGCGGCCACGGCCCCCGUGGAGACCUUCCAAUCGGAGGACCUGCGCUGGGAUCGGACCGUCUCCGAAUCCGAUGGCGACAGCCGCAGAGUGCGGGUGAUCGUGGAUGAUUUGGCGAUGGCGCCCAAGAGCAACACGGGAGUGAGACCGGUGCUGGAAUUCUUGCGGCAGUUCUUGGAAACAGGUGAACUCUACGAUCGCAGCACUUGGUCUUCCCAAAAACUGGAGCCCACCCUGACGGCGUGUGCAGAGGGCAAUGCCAUCUGUGGUCGCUUGUGGCGCCACAUGGGCCUGCGCUUACGCUUGGCGGAGUGGAACAAGACGAGUUUGUUGGACCUCUAUGGAAAUCUAGUGGACACCGUCCACCAGGAGACCAUGCAACGGCAGGUGAGUAGCUCAGCCGCUCACCUGGUAGCAGCCCAUGCCUUGGGGGCGACGAUCACGGUGAGCUGCAUCCGAAAUACCCUGGAGAUCUACGACUUCGUGACGCAAAAUUUCAAGCGGAGCUGGAAAUCGCCCGGUUAUGUGUGGAGCCUCCGCGACAUCGGCCGGGUGAUGCAAGGCCUCACCCUGGCCCUGGAGAAUCCGAACUUCGCCACUGCGGAUCUGCAUCGGCUGUGGAUUCACGAAGUGUCGCGGGUCUUUGAGGAUCAGCUACAGAUGAGCAUCCACAAACAACUCUUCCAGGCAACAGUGCGAGGUCUCGUGGAGGACUUCGGUGUGAAAUGGAAACCCGAAGACAACUCUUUACGCUUCAUCAAGAGAUUGUCGGGCUCAGUGGCCAAACCCUACGAAAAAGCCAACGAGGAAGCCAUGCUCAAAACCAUGCAGGAUUGUCUUGAGGAAACCAGGCUGCGAGAGGGCCUUCGAAGUCCCUUAUUUCUGUCCAAUGAGAUGGUCAACAACCUUUGUUGUCUUUUGAGAAUCGGCGCCUUAUUUCGCAGUCACGCGCUGCUGCUGGGUCUGAAGGGCAGUGGUCGUCACACGUUGACCGCCAUGGCAACUCAUCUCCUGGAUGGCAUUCAGUUCGCCCCCAAGGAGGUCCCGUCGGAAGCGCAAUUUCGGCAGCUUCUCAAAGUGGCCUGGCGCACCUGUGGAGUGAAGCAAUGCGACUGCUUCGUGGUUUUGGAGGAUUUGUCUGAGAUCAUCGACCUCGUUUGGGCCGUGUUGGACUUGGGCCAUGUGACGGAUCUCUGCAAUCCAAUCGAAACGCACAACACGAUACGUGAGGCGCCAGACUUAGACCAGGACUCACCUUCAGCAUGGAAGAUGUUCUUGGACCGUGUUCACCACCAUUUGCACCUGGUGUUGUGCAUUUCUCCCAACAGCACCUCUCUGGCUUCGAUGCGCAGCAGCAGCCUGGACUGCAGCAGUCUCUUCCGCAGCUGCAGCGUGGUCCAUGUGGAAGCCUGGUCUGCGGAGUCCUUACAGGGCCUGGCCACCAGUGGUUUUCACCUCUCAGAGUCCUUAUCCCAUGCUGCAGCAGCGGCACAGGAGAAGGAAGGCAGCCUCAGGAGCUUCGUGGUGUUGUUGGAGAGCUACGUGGAUCUGUUGAAGGCCAAAAGGGAGCGAAACAACCAGGAGCGCGAUCGUCUCCAUGCCGCCUUGGCGCACCUCAACGCCCUGCCGUCGAUGUUGGCCGAUCUGGGCAGCAGCGUGGAGCACUUGACCCAGCGCAUCACCAAACAACGGGAGGUCUUGGUGCAGCAGCGGCAGAAAAGCGAUGACGCCCGGGCCAAAGUGAAGACCUGUAAGGAAAAAAUGAGGGAAACUGAAGAUGAUAUGGAGACUCAAGAGGAAGAGGUGAAGACUUUGAAUGCCUCCAUCAAAAGUACUUUGGAGAAUGUCCUGGCGCCGUUGCGCAACGCCACGAAAGCUUUUGAUAAGGUCGACAAGAAAGACAUCACGGAACUGCGGAACUUCGGUUCCCCUCCCAGUCUGGUGCUGAUGGUCAUGGAGCUGGUGGCGCUUCUCUUCGGAUGUCCCACCGAUUGGGCGAACGCCAAAACCCUGAUCUCGGAGAACAACUUCGGGAAACGCUUCCGGAACUUUGAGAAGGACAGCAUUCCCGAGGGUGUUGCUGCAAAGCUCAAAGCUCAGGUGAGUGAGUGCCCUCCAGCGCUGGUGGAAUCCCAGAGCAAAGCCGCCAAAUGCAUCGCCGUGUGGCUUCGGGCCUUGUCCUCCUAUGACGAUGUGUAUCGAUCUUUGGCCGAAUCCCGUGAGGAAGUGACUCGCAAGGAAGAAGAAGUCCAGGUCACGAGUCGAAAAGUCAAGCUCCAAGAGGAGGAACUGGAACGAACCCAAAAGAAGGCGGAAAAGGCGGAGGAAGAUUUUUCCAAAGCCGAAGACGACCUGAAUGUCAUUGUGGAGGAGCACGAGGCAAAGAAACAGCAGCAUAGCGUUGCAGAUCGAGUGAUGAAUAUCGAAGGACUGUCCACCACACGACCAAGAUGGGAAGAACACCUGGAAUCCCUUCGCGCCAGCUCCACGGAUUUACCCAAUGAAUGUCUCUUCGUGGCUGCGGUGAUCUCCAUGGCUCCUUUGGUGCCGGCGGAACGGGCCAUGCGACGCAAAGCUUUGGUGAAAAUCUUCCAAGAGUAUGAGUUGACUCUGACUCUGUCAACUCAAGCAUUACCCUGGGAAGAUCAAGAAGAUAGUGAUGACGACCAUGACGACCAUGACGACCAUGAGGACCAUGAGGGCGAUGAAGGCGAUGAAGGCGAUGAAGGCGAUGCAGCUUCUUCAGAAUCCGAAGGCGAUGAAUUUGAGAAUUUUCUCCCAACUUUUCUCUUGGAUCAGCUGGUGACGGAUGAAUGGCAAUCCAUGGGUCUUCCACGGGUCUUGGCUGAAUCUGCUGCCAUCGCCUCGCAUGUUCUCCGACCCCUCUGUGUGGAUCCUCAAGAACAGGCUCUAUCCUGGCUGCGGAAGAGAGUGGACUUUGUCACACACGUGGGCAGCCCCAAGUUGCCACAGGCCCUUCAGCAUUGCCAAGAAGGCCGUAGCCUAUUGCUGCUGGGGGUUACAGACCAGCUGCCAGCCUGUGUGGUGGAGUUUUACCAACCAGAGGUGGAGCAAAAAGAGCCGAAGGGCUCACCCGCGAAAUCAUCUGCCAGUCUGGGAGAAGAGGAGAAAGAUUCAAAGAGCAAGAAAGGCAAAGGCAAAAUCUUCGUGGUGACUCCAGAUCUGCCAUGGCGAUCGCUGGCGCUAUCGCCGCUGGACGUGGUGAACUUCGAGGUGGUGGAAGUGGAGCAGAUUCUGCUGCGGGCCAUGUCUAAGGAACCCCUCCAGUUGCAGGUGGCGAGUUUGAAGGAUUUCCCCAGCAACCAACGAGAAUUUCUGCAGCUGGAAGAGAAGAUCCAGCUUUUGUUGGCAGAGGGCGCCAGUCACAAAACCGGCAUCCUGGGCGAUAACGACUUGAUGUCCGAGAUCAGCACUUCGCGGUGUCGCUGCUGCGAACUACAGGAGAUGAACCAGGAGGCCCUGCUGCAGCGUCGCAACUUCCUGGAGAAACGUCGGAAUUUCCUCCGCGCCGCCCGGAGCUGUGCGACGCUCUUCCGCUCCAUGCAUCGCUUGGCACAGCUGGGUGUUGGCAGCGCGCCGUCCCUGUUUCAAAUGGAACACGCCUCUGCAGAAGCUUGCGCUACGGUGCUGAAAUCCCAAGGGCUGAUGCAAAGCUUUGGGAAGGAUUCAUCGCUGCAAGUGGCGGCCGCGUUAAUGUCCUUGAGCAAUUCGCCGUGGCUGGUGGUCUCCCGCGUCUUGCAACGCUUCAGCUGGAGUUAUUUCAGACAUCAGCAGCCCUUGCUGCUGCUGCUGCUGAUGAUGGCCUUCCAAAGCCAGCCGCAGGAGCCGUUGGAGAUGAAUUUCCUGCUGAAUCCCGAGUCAUUGAGGUCAGAGGUCUUCGAGUCAGCCGACGUCGAUGCCAGCAACACAUUGCCAGCCGCGGUACCUCGGUGA